CGCUUGAAGCCUCGCCUGGCCGCUCCCUCUGCCUGCCUGCAUGGGCGGCGCGCCGCCGCACGGAGGAGGCCUGCCGGCCCUCCCGAGCAGGAGAGCGCCACGGCUUCCCCCGCGUCGCCGAGCCCGCGGUCCUCGCGCUGGGCGCCAGGCUCGACAGCCCGGCGGCCCGCCGGGCCCGCGCGGCCGCCUCGCGCUUGCGCGCGUCGGCGGCCGUGGGCCUCCGCUCGUGGAGCACGCGGCACCGCCGGCGGCUCCGGGCGGAGGCGCCCCCGGGCAGCAUGCCGGAGAGGAGUUCGACGAGAUGGACGUGGUCGGCGGCAACGGCCGGUGGAGGCAGCGGAGAGCGCUGUCGGAGAGGCGCAGGUGGGAGGUCGAGGAGCAGCUCCGGGCCGGCAGGGACGCGCAGCGCGCGCUGGAGCGGCGCAGCGUGCGGGCGGAGAAGGAGCAGCUGUGGCGCGCGCAGCAGGAGACGAGGAGCGCCGCAGCGCCGAGGCGGCCGAGCGCCGCCGGCGGGAGCUGGAGGAGCAGGCGCACCGCCGGCGGGCGCGCGACGCGGAGGAGGCGAAGCGGCGCGAGGAGCAGGAGAGCGGGAGGAGCGGCAGAGGUCGAUCCCGCUCCCGUGCCAGGCCUGCGCCUGCUCGGGCGAGUGCCGGGACUGACUGCCACGGCAGGGGCCGCUACCUCAGCCUGUUCCUGGUGAGCGCCCUGGGGCACCGCAGCACCGAGCUGGAGUUCGGGCAGAAGUGGCAGGGCUGCGCCGCCUGCGGCGGCCACGACCCCGGGCUGCUCGGCGAGAUGAUCAGGCGGGGCACCCCGGCGGCCGCACGCCGCCACCGACCCUGGCCGCACGCCGCACCGAUGGCGCAAAACGCUCUUCGAAGGCCAAGGCUCCCGAGAGCCGAGAGGGUCACGCAGCGCGCUCCG